AAUCCUCAUUUCCUCGUGUGUCACUGAAUGAAGAAAAUUUGUUUUUUCCAAAUUUUCAUCGAAUAACAACUGAAAACCACACUGAGAAUUAUCACAACGAUUCGUGCUUAAGAAAAAUUGAAUAAUGGCAUCACUUUUACGAGGUUUUCGUUACCCUUUCGGAUAUUUUUCGAGCAUCGCUCGCAGCAUGGUUGUGAAUGGAGCUCGUGAGGCAAACACAGUAAAUUUUGUACAGCCCAUUCAACAAUGUUUGUGCGGAAACAUAAAUGGAUCUGGAUUUGCAACUGUCGCUGCGAGACGAACUGAUUCAUUGGAAAAGUCUUUGCAACAAUUAGAUAUUGAUGCUAAACGCUCCGGUAGAAUUUCAAGACAAGAUAUAGAAGAUGUGCUGCGUAAAAUUCGAAGACAACGCUCGGCAACAAGUUCACAAUCAUUGUCGGUUCUUUUUUGUUGCGGAAAUUUAGUUCCCGACGAGUUACCUGAAGUACGAACGCAACUUGUUCAAAAAAUUUGGAAGACCUUGAACGACUUAAACGUACCUAUGGAUAUCUCACACUAUAAUGCCUUACUUCGAGUGUAUAUUGAAAAUGAAUAUAACUUUUCGCCAACUGAAUUCCUCGUUGAUUUGGAGCAAAAAGGCAUCGAGCCAAAUCGUGUUACAUAUCAGAGGCUCAUUUCACGUUAUUGUCAACAGGGAGAUAUUGAAGGAGCUACAAAGAUUUUGGAGUUCAUGAAAGAAAAACAACUUCCUGUCAAUGAAAAUGUCUUCAAUGCUCUUAUAAUGGGACAUUCACAAGCGGGAGAUAUUGAAUCGGCUUCGGGCAUAUUGCAAGUAAUGAAACAAGCUGGUCUUGAUCCAAGUAGCGACACAUACACGACUUUGUUAUGCGGAUACGCCAAAAACGGCAAUAUUGAAAAAAUGAAGGAAAUUUUUAGCACUUGUGAGAAAAGUGAAAUCUUCUUACUUGAUCGAGACAUUUUAGAAGUUGUGUAUAGUUUGGCAAUCAAUGGUCAUGCUGAGCAUGUUGAUUUUCUUCUUGAAAAAGUUUUGAAGACAGCUGGAUACAAUCACGAUGCUGUAAACUGUAUUCUCAGGCUCAUAAAUAAAGGACACGAAGAAGUUGCUGUAAAAAUUUUUAAUACGAUGCCUCCAAGUGUGAGCAAAAGCGGUGAAACAAGAGAGAGCGGAGUUUUUUUUGUGAGACAAUUAGUUAAGGCAAAUCGCCCAGCAGAAUCUGUUCUCAAGAUUUGUCGCAAUUUCGAAGCAAAUAAUACGAAUUCACAUGCUACUUUAAUUGCUCUUGAAUUUGCUGUAAAAAACAAGAAUGCUGAUUUAACGUUUGCUAUUGCACGAGAACUCGAGAAAUCAGGACAAAAAAUCAAAUAUCAUUUCUUUUGGCCAUUUUUGUGCAGUGCGAAAAAUGAUGAUGAAGUUUUGAAUGUUUUGCAAAAGAUGCAAGAAGAGUUGAAAUUGAUACCUAACGUAGAGACAGUUCGUGAAUAUGCUGUGCCUCACAUGAAAGAAAAGGAUUACGAUAAAAUCAUAGCAGCUCUAUUAUCCGCAGGAAUAAAUAAAAGUACUGCUGUUCAUGCUGUUUUGUAUAAAGCUUUGCAAGAGAACAACAUCAGUGAAGCUGCUCGAAUUAUUGCCAACAAUCAAUUUUUCUAUCAGCCGGGUGUGUUUAGCAACUCAUUGUUAAAAGCUUUGAGCAAAACAAAAGACAUCGAUUCGUUUAUCACAAUUGUGAGACACAUGUACGAGAAUUUAUUGAAAUUGAAAAAAAUUAAUAAUGAGGAAGAAAUUGAAGAUGCUGUAGAAGAUAAUGCAUUAGAGAAACAAGAUUCGCAAGGCGAAAUGCUCGGCAAGUUGGUUUUUGAUGCAGCAGCUUAUUUCAAAAAUAAUCGUGCAGAAAUGGUGCACAAAAUUUUAGAAGGACUCGUGAAUCAAGGAUUGACUAUAAGUAACAAUCAAGCCACAAGAAUUGAAGAAAAAAUGGGAGCUGAUCUUACACCUGAAAUAUCAACAAUGCUUGGAAAACUUUCUACCGGAGAAUUACAACCAACUGCAAUUGAGCGCCCAUCAAAAUCGGGCAUGCUGAGAAGUAGUGCUGAGCUUGAACAAUUGAUAAAAACUCUUGAAACAAAGACUGAUUCUGAUACAACAAAAUUCAAGAGUCAAUUGUUAUUCAGCCUGAUUCGUGAAAAUAAGGUAGAAAAAUUGGAGGCAUGCAUUGAAAAGUUGACAUCGGACGGAUUUGUAAUGAAUGGAGGUCUUUGUGCAAAAAUAUCCGAAGUGUAUGCUAUAAAUGGUAAUUUGGAAAAAGCUGUUGAAACCGUAAACAAGAUCAAACAAAAAGAACCAGAUUUCACUUUAGACCGUUUAAAGUCGGUUCGAAUCGCGCAGUUGUACUUAGAUGCUGAUCGCUCAGAUGAUGCUAUUAAGUUCUUGGAAAUGUACAAACACGACAAAUUGGAUGUCGAUUGGGAGUCUUUCUUUAAUUACAAGGCAACAGUUUGGCGAUUACUUGACUCUAUUGCCGAAAAGGGUAAUGCAAAACUGUUGAAACAAGUUUUCGAUACACUCGUCGCGGGAAAUUAUUGUCAACCGAAUAACCAGCUUUUGGGUACAUUAAUAAAGGUACAUUUAGUGAAUGACGAUUUGGAAAAUGCAAUUAAGAGUUUCGAAGAAAUCUGUCAAGUUUAUCGUUUGACUCCAUGGAGAUCAGAGCUGGCUUGUCGUUUAAUUGAGAAAGAAGAUGCAGCUGGUUUGCAAAAAUUGACAGACCUCAGCACGGAUAUUCACGGCGAAGUAAACAGUUUGUACGAUUUGGUAUUCUCAUUUAUAGAGUGCGGUCGUAUUCGUCAAGCAAGAAAAAUUUUGGAAACACCUGGGCUUGAAACGAGAAAGAUGAAAAUCAAUUCAGCCUGUGAACGAUACGCACAACAAGGAAGAUUUCAACCUCUCGAAGGCCUAAUAGAAGCUACAAAAAAUUUGAAUCAUAUCGAUCGUAUGGAUAUUUAUUACAAUUUGCUUCUCAGCUAUGUCAAAGAAAAUGAACUUCAAAAAGCUCUCGAACUAUGGACAAAACUUCAAGAAGAAAACUUUGCACCAUCAGACAAGUUUUUGAUAACGCUUGCAGAAUUCAUGAAAAAGAAUGAUAUUACAGUUAGAUUUGUUGUUCCGGGAGCUGUUGAGGAGUCAAAAAAGAAAGAGAUUCCCAAAAAGCAACAAAAACCAUCAGGAAAUGAAAAUCUUCGAGCAUUUCGAUCAGCGCUUGCUAAUGAAAAAUUAGAUGAGGCACUUGAUUUAAAAUCAAAGUUAGGCGCCGGAGAACAAUUAAGAAUUAUCGAUAAAUCACAUCUCAUUGAAGCUUUUGUAAAAGCUGAUCGACUUUCUGAGGCAAAAGCAAUGGUUUUGGAGAUGCUUACUGAAUCUACUUUUCCCGUUCGUCAUGUUUUCCGAUUUUACCUCAAUAAAGUCGCAAAGAUGGGAGAUACGGCAACAUUUGAACAAUUAAAACCAAUGCUUGAGAUCAAUCCAGAUUUGAAGAAAGCAUUGUCCUUUGAAAAUAAAUAUAUUCAUGCAUUAACUUUAACAGGAAAUGGAACACAAUAUUUUGAAACUUUAGAGAAAAAUAUAGUUAAUGCUAAAUCGCCCGAAGAAAUCCAAAACUUAGCGAAAAAUAUUCCUCUUGGAGGAAUUCUUGCGAUAUUAGAUAAGCACCCCGAGCUGUUUGAUCGUUUUGAGACAAUUGCUGAAACAUGUGCGAAAAACAACGUUCUUGGUCCUAUUAACAUGCUAUGGGCAUGUCACUUUAUUUCUAACAACGACACUAAAGCAGAUGCUAUUUUCACAAAGUAUUUGAGCAACGAGCCACGAUUGUUAUUCAGCAAAAUUUUAAAUGAAGCCGAAGCGAAUAAGGACGAAAACAUGUGUAAAAAAUUGCUGCAAAAGGUUAAAUCAUCCAAACUAACAGAAGGACCCAUGGGAAAAGUCUACAGUUGUCUUAUAAACGUACAUGCGUUAAAUAACAAAUUUGAUGAGGCUGUAAAAGUGAUCGAAGAAGCGUCUUCGGAAGUUGGAAUCGAAAAAUUAGACAGACCUACUUUAUUAAAAGUAAAACAGGGCUUAACAGCAUUAAAUAAAGACGUGCCAUUUGUAAUUCCCAAAAGAAAUCAAGCACGUGCAGGCCCCGAAACUUCAAGCAGUAGUAGUUCAAGCAGUUCUGAUGAUGAAGUCACGGAGAAAAAGUAGAUACAAUUGAAAGCAUUUUCAUUUAAUUUUUUGUUAACUCCUUAGCUGCUUAUUUAGCAAAUUUUUUAACAAUUCAAUAGAAAAUAAGAUACCAAAAAAAUUUCAAAUAGUAUUUGCAUCAAUAAAAUGAAAACCAUAAUUUAAAGUAAUUGUAGAGCAUUUCAAUGUUUUGGACAAAAUAAAAACCAAAUGAUAUAA